ACAAUUAUAGAUUGGAUUAAACAAAACGUGAAUGAUUCUGAUGAACUAUUAUCGACUAGAUAGAUUAUGUCAUUUAUUUGAUUAUAUAUAUUAAAACAAAAUCAGUAAUUUAAGAAAAUUUGAUACAAUUAAGAGAUUAGUACAUUGAACUAAUAAGAAUGAUAAGUCAUCAAACUGGACCAAGUAUUACAUUUCCUGAUCGUAUUAGCGCUGAAAAUGAUGCAGAACAAUUACAUAACGCUUGUAAAUUACUGUCUACGGAUGAAGAAACCAUCACUAAAAUUCUAGGACAUAGAAAUCUACAACAACGUUAUCAAAUAAGAGAAACUUUUCAUAGGCGAUAUAAAAAGGAUUUAGUUCAUGUAUUAUGUAAUGCAACAAAAGGUGAUUAUGAAAGUCUUAUUAAAACUUUAUUUCGUGGAAGUAUACAAAUAUUAGCCCAUGAUUUAUAUAAAGGCUUAAAGAAACCAGAUAUUGUCAAUGAGAUCAUCUGUUGUUGUAAUAAUAAUGAAAUUAUUAUGUUGAAAAAAGCAUAUCAAGAAGUGCUUCAGGAAGAAGAGCCAAAAAAAGCUUCACAGCGUACACUCGAAACUGAUAUAAUCAAAGAAACAAAACCACCAUAUGAACAAUUAUUAGUAGCAUUAUUACAAGGAAAACGUGAUGAAGAUCCAUUGGAAUUAGUAGAAGAAGCUGUAAGAACUAGAAGUACAUCAAGAUUAAUUAAUCGAAGUCAAGUUGAAAAAGAUGUUGAAGAUUUAUAUUAUGCUGGAGAAAAACGUGCAGGUAAAGGUGAUUCUGAAACAUUCAUUAAAAUUCUAACAAAACGAAGUAAAUAUCAUGUAAAAGAAAUAUGGGAUGUAUAUUUAUCAAAAUAUCAUAGUACAAUAGUUGAAGUUAUAUCGAAAAAAUUCUCUGAGCCAUUUAGAUCAGGAUUAAAUACAAUGAUUAUGGCAUUGAUAGAUUUACGUUUGUUAUUAGUCUGUCAAUUAUAUGAUAGUAUGUAUGGACUUGGAACACGAGAGGAUACAUUGAUACGAAUUACCUGUUUACGAUGUGAGAUUGAUAUGAAUACAUUGAAAUCAAUGUAUCGUGAAUAUUUUGGUAAACCAUUAAUUGAAGCAGUACGAGAAGAUACAUCGGGAGAUUUUCGCAAGUUACUUUUGGCAUUAUUGGGAGAAUAACUUUUUUUUCGAGCGGGGCAGGGGGAUGAAUAUAAAAUAAUGUUCUGUUAUUAUUUUCAUCAAUAAAUAACAAACUAUCUUCAUUUGAACAACAAUGAAGCUUUCAUUCAUUCAUUCAUUCAUUAUUAUAGUAAUGAAUUACUUGUGCCUUUCAGCUUGCUUUUAUUUACUUUCAAAACAUAGUCUAUGUAUAUCAUGAAUUUAAAGAGAUUAAUUGAUGUUGUUUGGUUGAUUAAUGAUGUGAAUAACUCAUUAUUGUUAUCACUCGUGGCAUUAUACUCCUAUCAAUAUAUAACGUAAUGAUAUCUCCGA